AUGGGGGGCUUGCCUUUACCAAAAUUGCAAAGAUGCUGUGGAUGCACUAGAAAACUAAAAAUAGCGUGCAUAUUAAUAGCUUUUUGGAGUAUGCUAUCAACGUCCCAUAGUAUUCGCAUCUUAUUCUGUCCAGCAUGCAGUAAAAUUUAUUUUCAGGGAGAAGGAAGGGGAGAGUUUAUCCUAGAAAUAAUCAUAGUAAUGUGGGUACUUUUUGUACUCGACUUAUUCAUGUUACUCAGCAGUUUUCUCUAUCUAUUGGGGUUGUUUUUGGGCAAAUAUCGAUUCACAGCAGAUCUUUUCAUGGGCUUCGGUUUUGCAACAGCCGUUACAAUGUGUGUCCAUGGAGUAUAUAAUGCUCUUCAAAUGAUCGAAGUAAACUGUUUUAACGGAAGCGAUAGUAUUGCUCAUUUCAUAUAUUUUAUAUUGUGGAUGUACUUCAUACUCAUCGUGAACUCGCAUAGGGAUAAUAUGUAA